AAUCAGCGCCAAGUUUGUUAAACUUGGCAAUCGAUGUUUUAUAAGUAUUCCGUUUGAAAAGAUGUCGUCCAAAAAGAGUAUUGGAAACACAGAGUACCUGAAAAGGAGAAUUCCACAGAACCCAAAAUAUCAACAUGUGAAAACCAGGCUGGAUACAGGAUGCAGCCUGACAAAGUACAUGGAGAGGCUGGAAGAAAUCAAGAAAAAUUACAGGUACAGAAAGGACGAACUCUUCAAAAGGCUAAAAGUGACAACAUUUGCACAGUUGGUUAUUCAAGUGGCAUCGGUAUCGGAAUUGAAUGAAAGUGUGAAUGAAGAUGAAACACCAAGGCUUGAAGACAAUAUGUCCGUGUUUUCGGAGCCUGAAAUAAAGCGCCUGUCUGAGAACACGGACGGUUCUCCCCUGCAGUACCCCACACCCGCACAUUUUCUUGACAACAGCAACAAUGCGGGGGAUGCUGGCUUUUCUCCAAGGUCGACGCUGCAAAGUGUUAUAAGUGGUGUGGGAGAACUGGACCUGGACAAGGAAGAUCAAAAGGUCAUUCUGACGCCCGUGUCCAGUCAUCGGGAAACAGACACACGCUACCCUGACUGUCCUUACCUGCUGCUGGAUGUGCGGGACAGAGAGCAGUACGACCAGUGCCACAUCAUCAGUGCAUACAGUUACCCCAUUGCCACCCUCUCAAGAACAAUGAAUCCUUACACUAGGGAAGUGUUGGAUUAUAAAAACGCCUCUGGAAAGAUCAUCAUAGUGUACGAUGAAGAUGAGAGGAUGGCCAGUCAGGUUGCCACCACCAUGUGUGAAAGAGGUUUUGAGAAUCUCUUCAUGCUGUCUGGAGGUCUCAAAGUGAUAGCUCAGAAGUUCCCUGUCGGAAUUACAACAGGCUCCAUUCCGGCCUCUUGCCUGCCGUCUCCCACAGGGACAGUGGUUGGCCGGAAGCGUUCCACGCCUCGCCAGGUCUUUCUGCCAGCAGAGAGGAAGUGGAGGUUCUCAUCUGACGACCUAGCUAAGAUUCAGCACUACCUGGAGGAAAUGCUUGUCCCGACGAAUCCCAACAGCCGUCUCAGCAGUCGCAUGUCGAGCAGCAGCACGCUGUCCAAAGCUUCUAGUGCUCGGAGUCGAAAGAGCUCUUCUUUAGCUAGCCCUGAAAGUGCAAGAUCCCAGAGCAGCAGACCCUGGAAAUAAAUGUAACACCCCCCCCCCCCCCCAGACGUCACUUCCCCCAAUCCACUAAAAAUACAAAUAAAGUCUACGGUAACACUUCACAUGAAGAGUUUUCAUAAGCAUGUACGACACCAUUAUGAACAUUCAUUACACCUUUGUGUGUGGAAUAUAUGUAUUUGGUAGUCAAUAACUAUUGUUUUUACUGUGUAGCAUACAUCUGAUAUGUUCUAGGGGAAGGUUUCUGGCAGUGUAUUCUGCCUGGCAACAAACAGACAAACGCAAUGAUACACUAUGUUGCAUAAUUCACUGGGGCUAAC